UUCCCCAACAAAGAUUUGUGUUUGUGAAGGAUUGAAAUCCUUUUCUCCACAUGGGAUGAGAUUUGAUGCCAACUGCUUUAGUCUUGACUUAGCUUCCUCUAAUUCAUGUCUUUACCUCAACAAUGUUGGAAAAUCUAAACUGUUUCUGUCUGCUUCUCGGUCGUUAUAUCGAUCUGGAUCGCCAAAUUUAAGACAAUGUGGGCUGAGCAGUUACCGAGUUAGGGUGAAAGAUGGAGCACGCUGUCUAGGAUCAGAUAACAUCGUGUUUGUAGAUGACCAGCUAGUGGAUUUUCUUAUGAACACAGUUGAUAAUGCCGAGGCGCUUCCUGUUGAAUCAGUUGUGCCUUCUCAUCUGGUAUUUCAUUCAUUUGACAUGGAUGAAGAUUCACUAUCGUAUCUGGAGGCGAAACUGUCUGAUAUUGUUUCCAAAUUGCGUGAUUCUGCUGCUGAUGCAUCUAAGAUAGGAGAAAGUGUUCUGAAAAAUACCAAUCGAGCAGUGAGUGAUUCCAUCGAUGAGAUUAUCUUGUUUGUCAAAAAAUCUGCAGGAUCACAGUCGCCCGGUGGUAUGUUGUCUGGACUAUUCAGUGAGUUGAAGGAAGCAUCAGGCCGAGCCGGGCCUUUUGCACUUGAUGUUUUAAGGGGAACAAUUGUUGUAGGUGAGGACUCUUUGAUACGAGGGGGGAAAGCUGUCGGAUAUGCUUACAGUUUCGUGAAGGGAUUUAUCCUGCAGAUUUUUUGA